AUGAGUGUACUCAAGAGUAAAUCAGAUACCACAGAUAGAUUGUUAGGCAAGAAAGAUCAAGAUCCUGUAUCCCCAAGCAACUUUGAUACAACAGGUGUGUGGGACAGUGUAGCCAAAAAAUACGAUAAAGAAAUUGGCUGGGAUGAGGUUGUAAUGGGCAUGGGUCUGCUCAGACGCUGGUUAAUAGGGAAGGCACAGGGUGAUGUCUUGGAAGUAUCCACAGGCACUGGUCGUAAUUUCAGUUAUUAUAAGCCAAAUCAGGUCAAUACAAUCACAUUUACAGAUCGUCAUGAUUCUAUGCUUAAUAUGGCAAAAGAGAAAUUUGAAGCUUAUAAAGACAAGUUUCAUCAAGCCUUUUUCGAAAUAGCAAGCAUCGACCAGCAGACAAAUAAAAAGUAUGAUACGAUUGUGGACACCUUUGGACUUUGCUCCUGUCAGGAUCCAGUAGAAGCUCUAGUGCAAUUGGCUGAUCAAUGCAAAUCAAGCCAAUCAAGAGUUCUACUUCUCGAGCAUGGCCGGUCUCAUUAUGACUGGUUAAAUAGACUAUUGGAUUCAAAUGUUGAUAAACAUGUCAAGCAAUGGGGCUGUUGGUGGAACAGAGACAUUGUGGGUCUAUUUGAAAACGAACGGGUCAAGGACAAAUUAGAGAUUGUAGAUGUAUCUCGCUGGCAUUUUGGAACAACCUGUUAUAUUGUCGCAAAGCCUAAAUAA